GUGAAUUUAUGCUAAAUUCAUAAAUUCAAUGGGCAGUCGUUUGUCUAUAGCUUAUCUAUGCAUGUCUACAAAAUUCUGAAACAAGAAUAUCGCAGAAUCCUGGACACCUAGUUUCGUAAUAUAACUACAUAUCCCGACGUGCUUGGGCCGCAAUGGGGGGAAAAAAACUACGGAGUCCCGGAUGCUACUGAAAGCCAGGCACGUCUGGAGAAGGUAUAACAGCGGGAGUUGGCAGAUACCUUGCGAGUAGGAAUUGCGGAGUAACAUUGCAUAUCGGUUUUCUGCCUUUCUCUCCUCCUUUCCGUCCAACCCCGGGCGUUCUGGACGGUGGUGCAAGAAAGAUCAUUACUGAUUAUUCUGUGGUCCUGUGAAAAGGGCUGCAACACCACAAUUACGCUCGUCCUCUUCGCAAUUUUUUCUCUGCUUUCCUUUUUUUCUUUUUUGGUGUUGGUGUUUGUAUAUGGUAAAUGUAAAAAGCAGAGGCUCGCUUCCUAUGUAGUGGUACACUAUACAGUAGUGGUAUGGUCACAGAGAAGACUGAGGAGACGGAUAUAACGAGAGAAAAGAGGAUACUGAAAUAUUCUGAUCGGGAAGAAUGUCCUUCCCAGACGAACUCUGAUGACUAGAAAAUGCUGUGUGUGAAGGGUGGUAUCGUUGCCGACGGCUCCGUGACCCAGCUGAGAAAGGCAAGAGAAAACAUCGAGCAGAACAUCGCCGCCGCUGCAGUAGACAGCGUCGAAAGGAGCCCGAGUCCCACUCUUCCCGGAGCAUCCAGUACAAUGGCAGCCACCGUAACAGACAAGGUCCACGUUUUCGCUCGCUAGACUCCGGAGAGCUCCGGGCGUUCGCAGGAGCCUGAGGAGGCGUGCGGCCAUUUCCCCUGGGCCUUCCCUCCUCAGGAGGAAGAUCGAGGAACCAGCCGAGACACAUUCAGGAGGAACGGCAAGAUCGAGUCGUUCAGCUGGGCAGCAGGGACAGGAGAACGCUUAGAAGGACAGUAGGUUACGGGACGUGGGCACGGUCACAGAGAGUGAGGAAGCAGUCAGUGAGACCACAGACCCCCAGAACAGUACAAGGCGCCGGGUUGAGUUGGGGUCCUGAGCAACCCACGGUGUCCCGGGGUGGUGCUCGGUGACAGUGACACGCCCAUGAGCCGGCUGUCGGGGCGGCUACGCUCGGGGGGCGUGCGCCUUGGGUGCGGGGCCCUGGCCGAGGAAGACUGCCUGGAACUGGAGACUCCAGCGCCUUGGGAGAGCCAUGAGGGGCAUGCUGGGAGCGCAGGGACGCCUCCCCCAGGGGCCGGCUCGGGGGCUUCCAUCCACUACAGCUUCUUCUCCUCCCCGUCACUCGCUAAUGGGCUGCGCAGCCCCGAGGACCGGCUGCACAAACGACCCCGAAUUGGGGCAAGGAGACGCCGGCAGCCAGAGCCCCUGGAUGAGGAAGGGCAGGAGGAACACGACAAGCCCCAGCCAGAGCUCCUGCAGGUGCACCAGCAGUUGGGCACCUUACCGCAAGCACACCCAGACCUCCGGAUGGAGGUGGAGACCGACUCUGUGACAGACCAACUGGCUUCCAUGUCCCCAUUGGCUCUUACGGGAGCUGCUCAGUCCGACAUCUGUACAGCCUCCAUCCAGCCGUGUACCCCUCAUUACUGCCCAGCCAGUCCCCUUAGCCCCCACCAGAGGGAGCCAGACCCCGAGCCUGCACUAAGCCCUGCCGUAUCUGCCCCGGUUCUGAUGCCGAUCCCCCUGUCCUCCCCCAUACAAACCCCUCCCAUCAUUCCAACCCCCGUUGAGGGCGAGAGGAAGUACGCACUACGCAGCUCGGGGCGGCCGCGUUUCCCCUGCCGACUGCGCAAAUCGUCCCGUUUGCGUCGGACGAUGGAAGACGAGGGUAAGAAGGAGGAAAGAGAGGGCGAUGGAGCAGGAGAAAGUGACAGGGGCUGUAGAGUAGAGGGCCCAGGGUUCAGUGGCAGGGGCGAGCCCUAUCAGACCAGCGAGGCCAGCAUGUCUGGUGACCUUUUGUCCAUGUCUCACCACAGCAUAGAAUUCUGUGCUGAGACACUGGAGCCUGUCCAAGCCGCAGGGCCCCUGUCCUGCCGGGGCCGUCGCCGGGGACGGUGUGUGGGCAUGCGCAAGAUUGUGGUGAAGGUGGCCCGCAUUCCCAUCAAUCUCAGCCGGCGACAGAAGAGCUACAAAAUCUCCUCCCUGGAGCCGCCGAGUUUGCCAGUGGGACAAGAUGGCAGUGGGGGGCCUGGAGGGGAAGGCGGAGAAGGGCCAGGCAUGGGAGACGGUGUGGCAGGAGCUCCCCGAGAGCCAACCGCCCUGCUGAAGAUGAAGAACAAUGGCAAGAGCGUGAUGGUCAUGUUCCCCCCCGGGGAACUUCCUGUCAUCUUGAAGCGCCGCCGUGGGCGUCCUCCGAAGCAGGUCGUCCCCGGCCAGCCAGAUCUGCGUGAGGCACGGGUCGGCACUGCACUCUCCGGGGAGCCCAAGAAGCCACGACGGCGACGGAGAGUCAAGCUGCCCUCCCCUCAGCCUUCGUACGUAGCUGACACCAAUGACGUCAAAAUGGAGUAUGGAGACGUGCUCUCCAAGCUGGCCUUUCUGAACAGGCAGCCCCCGGCCACAGGGCGCUGCUCUCCGCCUCGCUGCUGGACACCCAGCGAGCCCGAGUCCUUCCACACGCCCCCGGAGAACCCGGGUAUCUCCACACUGCUGCACAGGCUCACCGGCUUCCGCCGCAGGGGGGGACGGGCUGGCUGCAUGGGCGGCCGGGGUGGUGGGGCAGCUGGCUCCGGCGAGGCCUUCAAGAGCUCCUUCAGCGAUUUUUUCGAAACCAUUGGUAAAAAGCGGAAAGUGCCUCCCGCUGAGCCCGGACAGCCCCGUAAACGGGGCAAGGGGGUGGCAGCCGGCCUGAGCAGAGCUGCUUUCCUGGGGAUGGACCCGGGCAGCCUGGCACCUGGGGAAAAGGGAGUCCGCAAGCGCCGGCCGCGUAAGAAUGGGGUGCUGAAGCCGGGACAGGGUCAGCAGGAGCAGGAGUGGUCCAACGGGGGGAGCUGGGGGGGCAAAGGAGGGGGACAGGAGAUCUCCAGUGACAGGGAUCGGGGCACAAAUUAUCAGGGUUGCCAGUCCCCCCGUGGUCGCUUUCCUCCCUGCGAUAUAGGCAAAGGGUUCUACCCCAAUCGAGGGGUAAGUGGAGGGGGCGAGGAAGCCCAGGGGCUCUUUGCAGGGUAUUUUCGGUCUCUCUUGGACUCGGAUGAUUCCUCGGAUCUGCUGGACAUCUCCAUGUCCAGCCCUGCCUCUCGCACAGACUCUCGCAAACUGACCCCAGGAUAUGAGUCCGGCAGUCCCGGGCAGGGCCAGCGCUGGUCUCCUGCCUUCCCCAAAAAGGCCCUAAAAAGCCACAGCCCCGCCAGUGACAGCCCACUUCACGGCCAGCCCAGUACAGCGAGCCGCCCCCCGUACGGAUACAGCAUGGCAGAGACCUCCCCAACUAACUCCUUCCCGAAAUCCAUGCCCCCGGCCCUUUCGCUGUCUCGCUCCCCCAGCUCGCCGCACCCUUCCUCUUCAGGCUUCUCCUCAUUCCCCUCCAGCUACGGCAGUGGUCAGCAGUCCACAGGCAGUGGCACCGCAUCGUUGCCGCAGCAGCAGAGGCUAAGUGACUGUAGCUUCUCCUACAGUGCAGGGAUGGGAAAAGGCCCCUCGACCUCCCCCGCUGGCCAGUGUCACAUGGGUUACUCUGGCUUUCAGCCAUCUCAGACGCUUGUCAAACGAGGCUAUGGCGGCUACCCCGGCUCAGCUCAUUCUGCUUUAUUACGAGGGGAGUCUGGGCACGUGGCUGGGCCUGCCUCUCCUGGUGGCAGUUACAUGGCAAUGGCAAAGACGAGUCCCUUCUCUUCUUCGUCACCCUCAGACAGCUGCAAGCAGUAUCCCUCAUCUCAGUGGGGAUAUAGACAGGGUUACCAAGGCUGGAGUCCUGACAGCUUUGGGCCGCACCAAUACCACGCCUACAGCGACUACUGCACCGCUGGCACCAACGAGUCCAAAGACAUCCUGGAUAUUUCAAACUACACACCACAGAAGGCAAAACAGAGGUCCUUCUCCGAGACGCUCUCUGAGUCCUCCUCUGACUCCUCACACCUGGGGCCCACCGGUGCCAGCAUGGGAGGAGGGGCUACUGGGUACCGUCCACGGGACACCCUGCCUGCAGCCGAGGGCCAAUCCAGUUUGUCCAGCCUAGAGAAACUCAUGCUGGACUGGCAUGAGAACUCUGCGGGACCCUCCUACAACUGGAGCCAGAGUGUGCUGUUCCAGGGCGGCACUAAACCAGGCCGGGGACGCCGGAAACGGACAGAGUCGCAGGCAGACCGAGAGGGCUGUGCGCUGAAUUUCCCGCCAGCGUCGCCCUCCAGCUCUUCUUCGCCUGGCCCAGGGCCUAAGCGCAGCCCGAUGGCAGCCCGGGCCCCCCGUGGGACGCGGGGCAGGGGCGGCUUCUCUUCCUGUCAGCGCGAAAGAGCCCCGUCGGGGAAGCCGAAAGUGCAGAAGCCCCCCACGCAGGCCGCGCAGCCCGGCGGGACAGCACUGUUCCAGGACACGCUGGACUACUACAGUGGAGACAGCAGCAGCCUGUCGCCACUGCCCUCGCAGACGCAGGGCUUCGGGCUGGAUGCCUGCGAAUACUCCAGCCCUUACUCCGUCCACCCAUCCACCCCAUCCUCUGAUGAGCGUUUCUCCCAGCUCUUUCCUGGAGAGACGGCUUCCUUGUCCCCUUGUCCCGAGGCGCUGAAGCCCUACCCGAAACCGGCACCCCCCCCCGCCUACUCCGUACCUCCCCGAACAUUCUCACCCAGUUGCUCCCCUACUCCCCGGCUCCUGUCCUCCUGCAGUGCGGCCCAGAGCCCUCACCGGGCCCCCAGCAAGGACUUCCAGCAUUAUGACUCUCCCAGCUACUGUGGCUCCCCCUGCUGGUACGGCCAGGGGGGGUCACUGGCCAGCAGCCCACAGAGCUAUGACUCUGAACGCCCCUCUGGUGCCACUCUGCCCCCCCACGGACGGACUGACAAAAGAGAGCUGAGCCAGACGGGGAGUUCGGGCCUCAGGGCGGGCCCUCCCCCGCAUUCGCCCUACCCCGUCCCUCUCCAUCGCGGUUCCUCCUCGUCCUCCUGCGCUACAGUCACCCUGGACUCCUCCCCCCUGCCCGAGGACAUGGGCUUCACCCUGCACCCUGACAGUUACCCCACCAUGCCCCAGCGCUACCCUCCCCAACCAACCCGGGGCGGGGUCCUGUGCCAGCUGCUGGACCAGCCUGCAGAGGACGGCUUCACCGUCACCAGCCUGUAGGACUCCGUCGGGUGAGCAGGCCGCAGGUGCCAGUGCAGGUCCAUCUCAUGCUUUUUCAGAUUUUUUACUUUUUUUUUAAAGGAGAAUGACUUCUUGAAAAACUUUUUAAAUAUAUUAACAAUGGUGGCAAUGUUAUGUGACAACCGUCGACACAUGAUUUUCUUCUUAAUGGACGCACUUCAGCGUGCCCCAGCAGUGACAAUCAAGAAAUGAUGACGCACACACGCACGCACACGCACGCACACACACAUGGUCACACCACAUGGACAUAAACACACAGCUUGUAGCACAUGACACUCACACCCUGGCAUCCAGAGACUGUGACUCCACACACUGUCCACGUGCGGAGCGGAGCGCACACAGACACACAUGUAACCUCUGUGACUGGGGGAGGGGGACCAUCCUGGCAGGGGGUGGGGGCAUGAGAUGGGGCAGUAGAGAAUAGAGGAGAAGCCAAAAAUGACAAAGGACUGACAGGUCUGAUCGAGGGGACACAAAGACCCUGACUAUGAGGACGCUGAGCCUGUCUCCGCAGAUGCAGUCCAGGUGCGUCUCAGCCCCCCACCCUCUGCCUCUGUCGCCCUGCAGAUCAGUACAGUCCUCCCCCCUUUCGUUUUUCAGUCAAUACAGUUUUAUGCUCUCCUCCACAGCUGAUCUGACGUUUUAAUGACUCAAAGAAACAACUACAGAAAAUAGUGACCGGCGUUGCUGUCUCUGCUCUCCUCUUGCAGUCUCGACACCAUCUCCAGUCACGCUCUCCGAAUGAUCGACGACCUCACCUCCCCUAACCGCUUCUGCCACCUAGCAACCAGCGUGGCCCCCCCCCCCCCGCGAGGCUCCUGCACACUCUUACAGCGCUCAUACGAUACCAGCAUCUGUACAUAGACUUUGGAAACAAGGGCAAGGAGGGGAAAAAAAACACAACGACAAAAUGGUGAUGUUCUUACAGUAAUGUGAAAUAUGCACUGAAAGGCUUUGCGUUUUACUGUGCAGAGCUGAGCUGCUCUAACCAGUAUGGGCAGACACUGGUGUAUGCUAAUGUAGAUAACUGAGCUCCUGCAGUGGCUGAGAGGUUGCGCCCUGGCUCUUACCCCCAGCCCCCCCAACCACCCCCUCCCCCAACCUCGCGAGCCCUUCUCCUGUACUUUCUGUGACGUUAACUACGGCAUGGUCUCACCCUGUAGAUUUUGUUUGUUCGUUUGUUUGGUAUGUUUUCUUAAAAGAGAACAAAAAAGACACUAAAUAUCAUGUGCUCACCCCAAAGAAUCAGACUUGUGUACGUGUACAUACCCCUGUUCGUGCGGGGCGCGGAGAGAGAGCGGGUCCGUGGUUCCGGUCCGAUGAGAGAGUUGAGUUCUGGAUCUCAGGGUGUGGACUGGACUGCCUUCUCCUCCUCUUUUCCUUCUCUGAUUUUCAUUUACUCUUUUCUCCGUUUCUUCUUCCCGGUCUCCUAACUGUGUUGUACGGUGAUUUGUGUGAUGGAAUAUUGUAUCUGUCUGUUACAUAUCAUAUCCCUGAGGUGCAAAUAUUUAAAUACACAUUUGGUUCUGACCAUUGCUAAUCCAUGCCUGGUCUGAGAUUACUUUGGGGGGGGGGGGCUAUUCGCUAUUUAACUUUCCAUGGAGACUCUACCCUUUCACUGGGUUUAAUUAGAGCCCAGUAUUUACUGUCUACGGUCAUCCAAACACUCCUGGGGUCGACAUCACUGUGUCACAAAGCAAAAGCAGGUAGGUCAUCUUGAUGUAGAGAAUCAUUGACGUACUUCUGUACUUUUCCCAGAAUCUGCAAAUGCAUAUGUAGCUUUAACCCGUUUGAAUCUCAGAAAGAUUAAAGAAGCAGGUCUAUCUCUGCAAUUACCAAAGCCUCUUCCCUGCAGGGAAAUGUGGAUAUAGGGGGCAUCUAGCACUGCUGUCACCAAACGUCUUCAUAGCCUCUGGGUGAGUCCGCUGGGACAGUGUGGGACAGAGAGCCUGUGGCUUCAAAGAAACGGUCACUCUGAAAUAAAGAUAUGUUUUUCAAAAUCCUACUGCCGCGGCUAAAGUGCUCACUCAGGAUAACUGAGUUGGAUAAAUGUAUAAAAUGUUAUUUCACUGCCUAACCGAAUGAUAUCUGAGAUCAAGAAGUUUGAGAUUAAUUUAAAGGUAAACCGUCAAAACCGACAUUAACUUUAACAACCAGCCUUUUAUCAACCCUUUUUACCUUGUUGUUGUUUGACAUUAAAAUGUUUCCUUUAAUUUACAAAUAAAACUUGACAGAUUAAAAAAAACAUUCACCUUAAGGUCAUUCAAAUUAAACAUGUUGAC